AGGCCUGUCAUAUCUACAUAUUAUUUCUUUUCUGUAAGCAGUUACCAAGUGCAUUGGUAAAGUUCCGUUAAAGCGAUUGUAAACUAUACCGAUAUAUUUUUACGCAUUGGUUUCGCCGUUUUUUCUUAGAAUGGCCUGCAAAAAAGUGGGUACUACACUGGGCCGUGCAUUAUGGCAAAACGGUAGCAGGACACCACCUCUUUCAAGAUCUUCGAAAAUUAGAAACUUUUCAACAAGCAGGGAAUUGAAAAGUGGAGAGAAGAAAUGUAAAGAUCAAAGCUGUGAAUCAAAUUGUAGGUCUGCAGCGAUGCCUUUACCUGCCGCUUGCUCCUCUACACCUGCCGCUCAAAGACAUCAAGUUGGGGGCAAGAAGGGUCCGGAGGAGCCGUUGACAGUGUCUGGACGAUCGUACUCCUCCACCGCCCCAAAAGCAGAUCAUAGGACAUACUUAUGGGCACGUUAUAAUGAGAUGAAACGGCUUGUGCACGACCUGAUCCCACCAAGUGUGUGUAACCUGCUCAACUCCUCCACUAUCUACGCCAACAACGAGGUCAGCCUAGCGGAGGUGGACAUCUAUGGGUUUGACUAUGACUACACCCUGGCCCUCUACUCCGAUACCCUCAACACUAUGAUCUACAACACUGCCCGAGACUUCCUCAUCGAGCACUUCAAGUACCCUGAAGGUAUCCGCAAAUAUGACUACAUCCCCAACUUUGCUGCACGGGGUCUUCACUAUGAUAUUCAAAAGGGCCUCCUGAUGAAGAUAGAUGCUUUCCAUUACAUUCAGCUGGGGACUGUGUAUCGGGGGCUGAACCCAGUUCCAGAUGAGGAGGUCCUGAGGCUCUAUGGGGGGACGCACCAUGUCCCCCUGCACCAGGUCAGCGGCUUCUAUGGAAAGGGACCCAAGGUUAAGCAGUUCAUGGACAUCUUCUCCAUCCCAGAGAUGACCCUCCUGGCUGUGGCCAAUGAUUUCUUCAUCUCCAAUGACAUCGAGUACGAUCCUGAGCACCUCUACAAAGACGUUUCAGAAGCCAUUGGAAUGGUUCACAUCAACGGCGACAUGUAUAAAUGGAUCAUGCAAGAUCUGGAGAAGUACAUUCUGGGAGGGGAUGAGACUUAUGCUGUUCUGCAUCGCCUGGUCAGCCACGGGAAGAAACUGUUCCUCAUCACCAACAGCCCCUUCAGCUUUGUGGAUAAAGGCAUGAAGUACAUGGUUGGGAAGGACUGGAGGGACUUCUUUGACGUGGUCAUUGUUCAGGCAGACAAACCACACUUCUUCAAUGACUGUGUCAAACCAUUUAGACGCCUGGAUGGAAAUGGUGACCUCCAGUGGGACAAAAUAAACAGUCUGGACAAAGGACAGAUCUACAAACAAGGGAACCUGUACGACUUCCUGAGGCUGACAGGCUGGAGAGGGUCCAGUGUGCUCUACUUUGGAGACCACCUCUACAGUGACUUGGCUGAUCUGAUGCUGCGUCAUGGGUGGCGUACGGGAGCCAUAGUGCCUGAGCUGGAUCUGGAGACCAAGGUGGUGAACACAGAGCAGUACGCCCAGAGCCUCACAUGGCUUCAGGCCCUCACAGGCCUGCUGGAACGCAUGCAGAUGCAUCGGGAUUCACAGUCUAGGGAGGUUCUGCAGGAUUGGCUGAAGGAGAGAGAGGAGCUCAGACUAAGAACAAAGAACCUCUUCAACCCCCAGUUCGGCAGCAUCUUCCGCACCUGUCACAACCCCACCUACUUCUCCCGCCGCCUGUGUCGCUUCUCAGACGUCUACAUGGCCUCCAUCAGCUGUCUGCUGAACUACGACCUCUCCUACACCUUCUACCCCCGACGCACCCCUCUGCAGCAUGAGGCGCCCCUGUGGAUGGACCAGCUCUGCACUGGCUGCAUGAAGACCCCCUUCCUAGAGGAGAUGGCCCACAUCCGCUGAGCCAACAAUGGGUUCUCAGAGCUGGGUUCUCAACAUGGACAUUUAAAAAACAGCCCACUAGGGGGCACUGUAGAUCAGUAUUAUUCAGAGAAUAAGCUUAGGUUAUUGCUCUUACUGUAAGUGAACACUGUGAGUAGUAUCAUGGCAUAUAUAGGAGUUACUCUCUGGCAGACCUGAUGUAAGUUAACUAAUCAUAGACAUGAAGGAAUAUGUUUGCACUUUAUAAACCUUAAACACCCUUCACUGUACAUGUUAUUAGUUAUUAACUAAUGGGUAACACCCAUCCCUGUGAGACUGGCACACAAUACAGCUGGUUGCAUUUGAUGACCGGCAUGCAAAGACUGAUGGAGCAUGUGCCCAUCAUGGGCACUGUCUGUUCUAUGGAGAAGACAUAGCUAGUAAUGUAUGUUGUUCAUUAUGUGUGUUUAAAAUACUGUAAAACCUGUUUUUGUACCUGUAUGCAUUCAAUAGAAUAUAUGACCAAAUUGAAACAUAUUUGUCACUGAUCUAACUUUUUUCAUUUGUCAUGAUGUUGCAUGUAUUGCCUAUGGAUUGUUGACUGUCCAUAAAAAUGGAAUUAUGCAUUGUAAGAACAGUUAGAUAAUGAAAACGAAAUGUAUAAAUAAAGAAAUGUGUAUGAACCUUU